CUUACAGUUCACGAAGAGAGAUUUUCUACCGUUCAAAGUUAAAAAGAAAUCACAAAGUUCACAGCACAGCCAUAAACCAGGAACACUGCCAUUUUGUCAGCUCUAGCCCCAGUCUGCAUUACAGAGACAGAUGCAUGCUGGUAGCAUGAAGUCUUUGUUACAAGCUUUUUCUGUCAGCAAAAGAACUUACACAAAAUCAGCAGGGCAACUCAAACUGAAAUAUGAUGCUGUGGUUAUAGGAGGGGGACACAAUGGCCUAGUGGCGGCAGCCUAUUUACAGAGAUCAGGAGUGAAAACUGUGGUCCUUGAGAGACGCCAUGUGAUUGGUGGUGCUGCAGUCACAGAAGAAAUUAUUCCAGGUUUUAAGUUCUCACGAGCAUCAUACCUGCUCAGUUUACUGAGACCACAGAUAUACAAUGACCUGGAAUUAAAGAAACAUGGAUUAAAAGUAUAUUUUCGAAACCCUCACUCUUUUACUCCGCUACUAGAGGAUGGCGUGAAUGGGCGACCACCAAGAUCUCUGCUCCUGGGAAGUGAUAUGACAGAAAACCAAAGGCAAAUUGCUCAGUUCUCUAAGAAAGAUGCAAAGGCAUAUAAAGAAUAUGAAGACUUUAUGAACCGUCUGGUGGAAGCCAUAGAUCCUCUGCUGGAUGCCGCUCCAGUAGACCCAAAAGCCUUUACUCAAGGGUCAUUUUUCCAAAGACUGAAAGCUCUAAAAACUCUUAGACCUGUUCUUAAAGCAGGUCUUACACUUGGUAGCCAAAUUCCUAGCUAUUAUGAAGUUCUUACAGCUCCAAUAUCCAAGAUCCUGGAUCAUUGGUUUGAGUCUGAACCUCUAAAAUGCACUCUGGCCACUGAUGCUGUAAUUGGUGCCAUGGCAAGUCCUGCUACUCCUGGGAGUGGGUAUGUUUUGCUGCAUCAUGUCAUGGGUGAACUGGAAGGAAAGAAGGGGUCUUGGGGUUAUGUUGAAGGUGGGAUGGGCAUGGUUUCCAAUGCCAUUGCUAAAGCUGCCACAUCAUAUGGGGCAGAAAUUCACACUGACAAGGUGGUGGAGCAGAUUAUGGUGGAUGACAAGGGAAAGGCUAACGGUGUAAUUCUAGAGGAUGGGACUGAGGUACAGAGCAAGCUGGUCCUUUCCAAUGCUUCACCAAAUCACACAUUUUUAAAACUGACCCCCACGGAACGAUUGCCAGAUGAUUUCAUCAAAAUGAUCUCACAGUUUGAUACUAAAUCUCCUGUCACCAAAAUUAAUGUGGCUGUGGAUCGCUUACCUAACUUCCUAGCUGCACCAAAUACGGCUGAUGGUCAACCGAUGCCGCAUCACCAGUGCUCUAUUCAUCUAAACAGUGAGGAUAUGCAGCUCCUUAAUGAAGCUUACGGAGACGCAUGCAAAGGAAAACCGUCUUCCCGACCUAUGAUUGAGCUCUGUAUUCCCUCAUCACUGGACCCUACACUUGCGCCUCCUGGAUACCAUGUCAUUUCUAUGUUCAUUCAAUACACCCCAUACACCCUUUCUGAAGGACUACAAUGGAAUGACGAACAGAGGAACAGCCUUGCUGACAGAGUGUUUGACUGGGUUGAGAAGUACGCUCCUGGAUUCAAGUCUUCGGUGAUUGGCAGAGACAUCCUUACACCACCUGAUUUGGAAAGGAUAUUUGGACUCUCCGGAGGCAAUAUAUUUCAUGGAAGCAUGUCCCUGGAUCAGCUGUAUUUUGCUCGGCCAAUACCCAGCUUUCCUAAUUAUAGAUCACCAGUCUCUGGGCUUUAUUUAUGUGGCAGCGGAGCACAUCCAGGUGGAGGGGUUAUGGGAGCACCAGGACGUAACGCCGCUUUUACCGCACUGCAGGAUCUUAAGCAUAUUGUUUAAGUAUAACUAUGUUUCAGUUACUGGAAAACAUUCUGCACAGCUGUACGAAGAAAAGGGCUUCCAUGAUAAGUUAAACAUUUUCACAACUUUUCGUGUGAAAAUCGGAUCAAUCACAAUGAAACACCAUUUUCAUAUUGGAAAAAUAUUUGAUUGGAUAUGAUAUAUGGUGCAUCUAAAGCGUCGACUUUGGUGACAACAAUCUAUCCAUCCAAUCACAAGUUAUCAACAACAAAAUAGAUAGGUUGAAUGCAACAGCUAGGUGCUUGAUAAGUGCUCAACACCCACAGAUUGACCAACAACAAAAACUGGCUACUGAUCUGAACAUCUCUGGACCCGAAAAACAAGAUAGAGCUGCCAAGGCUUUGGCUCUUUUUGAUGAAGAUUGAGUUGCUCCAAAUAAAAUACAGAAUGUCAUCAUCAUCAUUAUAAUUAUCAAUUACAUGUAUAAAACACAAAAAACAUAUCUACUAUAUAUCUAUAUGAAAAAUCAAUACAGAUAUAAAUACCUAUAUAUACACCUAUAAGUAAAUUACAUUUAAAAAUAAUAUAUAUUCAAAAAGAACACUACUCUAUCCAAUUGCAACACACAUAGGGGUAGAUUUAUCAUAUGUCAUAGUGAAUCAUGUCCGCAUUUGUCAUUGCACAAGCAUUUCUGGUUUACUCAAAAAGAUUGUGAUAUUUUUGAGAGUCAAAAGAGAAUUUUCAGAAAGAUUGGGAUCACCCCCCCCAAAAAAGCGAAAUACAGUAUAAUGUUGGAAUGAAUAUUAUAACCUGAGGUUUUUAUUCCUGUGUUAUUUCAUUUAUUGCGUCUGGAUGUUACUAUUUUAUGGACACAAUUAAAUUUAAAAAUAAAGGAUUUGUAAGAAUUUAUAUAGGAAAAUAUACUUUGAUAAAAGUUGCACAUAUGAAA